AUGAGCGGCUCCGAGUUCGUCGCGCGCAUCGGGUUGGCGGCGGGCGGGCUGCCGCCUCUCUUCUACGCGGCCGGCGAGCGGUACUACAUGCAGGCCGACCUGCCCGCGGAGACCAUCCAAGCCGGACGCGUGCCAGCGCUGUGGCGCUCGCUCCUCGACUCGCCGGCGCAGCCGCUGCGCUUGUGGGUCUCGACGCGCGGCGCGACGACGCCGCUGCACUUCGACUCGGCCGACUCGUUCCUCGCGCAGAUGCGAGGCUCCAAGCGCGUCACCUUCUUCCCGCCGGCGGCGCUGCGCGGCCUCUACCCGUACCCGGCCGACCACCCGUUGCAUCGCCGCGCGCGGCCGAGCCUGUACGCUGCGCCCGACGAGCGGGCUGAGGACUACCCGCGGUUCAGCGAGGCGGCGGCCGUCGCGCAGACCAUCGAGCUGCACGAGGGCGACGUCGUGAUUUUUCCUCGGAAUUGGUGGCACAACGUCGAGACGACAAGCGCGCUCUCGGUGAGUGUGGGGUGUCGUUUUGUCUAG